AAAACCUCAAAGAAGAAGAAGACGACACUUGAGGAUUCUGACGUCAUCACGCACAACGUGCAGCACUGAAGCAACAUGGCUCUGAAUGGAGAUGACAAGGACUUUUUUGAUUGGGAGCCACCAACAGAAGCAGAGAUGAAGGUGAUCCAGGCUCGCAAGGAGCGACAAGACAAAAUCAGCAAGCUGAUGGGAGGCUACCUGCUCAAAGGAUACAGGAUGCUGGGGGACUGCUGUGAUGUGUGUGGGACAAUUCUUCUCCAGGACAAACAGCAGAAACUCUACUGUGUCUCGUGUCAGGAGCUGGACUCUGAUGUGGAUAAGGAUAACCCUGCUCUGAAUGCUCAGGCAGCGUUGUCCCAGGUGAGAGAGCGACAGCUGGCAGCCCAGGCCGCUGCCCCCCCCACCCCGCCCCCGGCCCCUGAACUCAACGAAGGCCCCAGCACCAGUCAGGCAAGUGUCCUAGUGCCUCAGCCCAGACCAGAGCACUGCGAGGGGGCUGCCGCGGGAGGGAGAGCCCUCCUCCCUCUGCCUGCUGUCCCUUCUCCUACAACUCCUGCCCCCGCCCCGGCCCUGGUACCCCCUCGAGCCCCCGUCAGUCCACAGAGCCCUGUGAUCCCUCCGUUGUUGCAGGAGGCAGAGGAAGCGGUUCUAAUCAAACUACGCUGGGCCACCAGCCAGCUACAGAGUUCGGCCUCCCUGGAAACAAGCAUCCAGCUGUGCAGCCUCAUCGCCAGCUGUGCCAACUCGCUGCGCAGCCUCAAGGAGCUCAGCCAGUAAGCGUCAUGGAGGUGGUUGUAACCCUGGAUCCACAGGAUCGCUCUUUCUACUUGCCUCUAUCCAGGAAUACUGACUCUGGUUCGCUGCUUUGCGGCAUCUCUCUUGACUGAAUCCUUGCAUAGAGCUGAAUUCAAAAUUGGUCAGGAAAUGCACUUGAAAUAGGAUUAAAUGUCAACAGUUCACAUGUUGCUCUUGAGUUUACAUACCUUUAUGGCUGGCAGAAAUCUCAUGUUACAUUGUUUCAAUAUAUGUUUGAGUACAAAUGUUUUUAACGUCUGACCGUUUUUGACAAUUUGUAAGUUAUGAUAUAAUGAUACGGACUGAACAGUUCUUAAUGCUCAUUCAUCAUUGGUGUAAAUUUAAAACCAUCUGGCCAUUUUUUUUUUUUUUUUUUUUUAAAGGACUUCAUCUGUAUCCUACAGUAAAACACUGUGAACGGACUUCCAUAGUUGAUUGUAAUGGAAAUGGCCAACAAUUUGACAUCUGGGAAAAUUACAUGAGUUCUCUAUUUGAUUAUUUUAAGUACCCAAAAAGUAAUUUUUGUUUUGCAAAUCAGAAAAUUAAAAAAAAAACAGUGCAUGGAGGUCUGUAUAAUUAUGUAACAUUAGUGUGAUGUGCUGAUAAACAACAUAGUACCAGACUAAGUCAUGAAUUGAAAUGAAUAGGAAGUCGGUCCUCUGAUCGAAGGUGAAUUUUUCUAUUUACUGUCCAGACAUUCAGAGUGAUUUCUGUCAUGUCUGACCCUCUGGUGUUGCAAUGAUUUUCAUUGUGUGCGGGCAGUUUGGAGGUUUUUAUUGUAAAUAUAUUUGAUAUAUGAUGGUGAUGAUGAUGGUCAUGUGAUUCAGUGAUGCUCAGAUGAGACGUUCAGGUGUCAGACUCACAAUUCUUUUUUUCAUUGCAACCAUCUCGAGCAAACAAACUAGACAGCACUUCAUAUUAGAUAAAAGCCAGCUUCAGUGUUGUUCAAGGCGGUUAAAAGUUUCGAAUUAUUUACCUGAAUAAAGCUUUGCCUGAAAAGGA